AUGCAAAGCUUGGCUGCAAAACUCACUUUCGACCUCACCUCGUCUGGUGAGGUCCUGGUAAGUCUAUACUCAUCACUGCUAGAUCAGAUCAGGACACAGGAGAUGGCUGCUUUCAAGCAGCCACAGAAGCGCCGCCAAAGUAGUGGACAGAACUCGUCUCGCAACACACGCGGCCGCGCCCCAUCUGUGGCCACAUCGACCCGCUCAGACACCACUUCUGGCUCCCGCUAUGCGGCCUCUCGUCGCUCGUCCGCAGGCUCUUCACGAAGUCAGGCUAGCAAUCAUGCGACGCCCACGCCCGGGGCACGCUUGGAGCGGUCCGCGUCAGUAGCCAGCUCGAGGACCUUCAAUGGCAUCUCCGAACGCCAGGCCGCGACUGAGCCACCGUCGGAUGGUCUUGGACUUGAUGAAGACAACCUUAGCGAGGUGAUCAUGGCUGUAAACAUGCUGCCCAGGGGGCUGGUCGGCUGUGCGUACUAUGUCGCGAGGGAUGAGAAGUUGUACUUCAUGGAGGAUGUCAAGAUCGGUGGACCAGAUGUCAUCGAUGCUUUGAAGCUCUUCAUCGAUCCGACCGUGGUGUUGGUGUCCAGCAAAUGUGUGGACGAAGUCUUCAACCGCCUUGAUCCCGAGACGAGGAACGCAAGAGCAUCCGUCGAUGGACGAAGUGGCGACCAGACUCGGCUUCCUUACUUGCUGGAGUGUCGCCCAAAUGCAGAGUUUGGGUACGAAGCUGCACGCAACAAGCUGGUCAAUCUACGCAUGGGACAGCCCACUGGACCCAAAGUCACGUUUGUCGUGCCUGGAGACAUCGUUGCUCACGAAGACAUCUCUACAAAUCUCGAAGGUGGCUUCGCUGGAAGACAAGGACAGCUGCUACGUCUUGCCGGCUGGAUCAACAUGGAGAGCAGGAUUACUGUGGGCUGUGCGGGUGCUGUGCUCUCCUACCUCCAACGCAGACGAGUUACGACUUACCUACCAGGCGACAAGGCUGCUGCUUCGAUGUUCAGGGUCGGGACAGUUGAGAUGUUCAGCUUGAGCGGUUCCAUGUUCGUGAACGCAGAUACACUACUGUCGUUGCAAAUCACAUCUACCGAGUGCCAUCCAAAUGCGCAGAAUCAGGGGCCUGCAAGUCGAGGCUGGUCAUCUGGAGGAUCGAAGGAAGGUCUUUCGGUCUACGGCCUCUUCCAUUACUUCGCAAGGACUUCGCAAGGCCGUCUUCUGCUUCGACAAUACUUCCUGCGACCGAGCUUGAACCGUGCAGUGAUCGACGAGCGACUUGACACAAUCAGCGUACUGCUCCGUCCGGACAACGCAAGCCUGUUCGAUCAGCUGGGCGAGAUGCUUUCGAAGAUCAAGAACAUCCGGCUGGUCACCGCGAACCUUCGAAAGGGUAUUAGCAGUGGCCUGACCAAGAGCCGUUCAGUCUCCACCUCUGUCUGGCCCACUCUUCGUGAAUUUGUCUUCUACUCACUGCUUCUAUAUGACCACAUGACCGAGCUAGCUGGUGGCGAGGGCCUUGCUAUCCGCGCAAAGAUUCUGCAGAGGUUCGAGAAGCAGCAGCUUGCAGCAGUUGGGACCUUGAUCACCGUAGUCGUGGACUUCGAGGCGACGAGAGAGCAGCGCAGGACCGUUGUCUUAGCCGGAGUCGACGGAGAGUUGGACGAAAUCAAGCGGACCUACGAUGGCAUCGAGAGCCUGCUGCACGAAGUGACCAACCAUAUCGCAGGCAAUGUACCGGCUGAACUGAAUGCGAAAAUCAAUGUCAUCUUCUUCCCGCAGAUUGGCUUCCUCAUUGCUUGUCCAGUCGAGGCAGAUACUGGCGCCGGCGUCUUUGAAGGUCCAAUCAACGAUCCUUGGGAGAAGAUGUUCGUCACCGAGGUCUCAGCUUACUAUAAGAACUCGAACAUGGGCGAGCUGGACGAACGAUUUGGAGACAUCUACGGGAGGAUCUGUGACAAGGAGAUUGAGAUAGUGCAGGAGCUUGGUGAGAGGAUUCUCGAAUAUGAAGAAGCAUUGCACGAUGUCUCGGACAUAUGCGGCGAGCUCGACAGUCUGGUUGCUCUUGCAAAAGGGGCGAAGCAACACAACUUCGUGCGUCCUCGUCUGACCGAUGAGAACAUCAUCAAGAUCAAAGGCGGAAGGCAUCCACUCCAAGAACUCACCGUGCCAUCGUUCGUGGCGAACGAUACGUAUCUUGUGGGCGGUGCUGGGACCGAGCCAGGAGCUGCUCCCUUCAUCAACCACUCUCCUCAGCCAGGACACGAUGGAUCUGUUAGCGAGGGUCCAAGCAUGGUGCUGAUGACUGGACCGAACUACUCUGGCAAGAGUGUCUACCUGAAGCAAGUCGCCAUCAUCGUGUACAUGGCUCACAUCGGCUGCUAUGUGCCUGCGGACGCUGCAAAGAUUGGUCUGACAGACAAGAUACUCACCCGUAUAUCGACUCGUGAAAGUGUGUCUCGUAUCCAAAGCGCUUUCAUGAUCGACCUACAGCAGAUCUCCGUCGCCCUCAGUCUAGCCACACGCCGCAGCCUUCUCAUCAUCGACGAAUUCGGCAAAGGCACAGAGUCCAACGACGGUGCAGGACUGGCAGCAGGCGUAUUCGAGCAUCUCCUUCAGCGUGAUGCCGAAUCACCCAAGGUGCUGGGAGCAACGCACUUCCACGAGAUCUUUGAAGCCGGAUUUCUGCAGCCUCGACCUUCCCUGAGCUUCGCACAUAUGGAGGUACGAAUGGACACGCAGGCGUCGCAAGUGGAUGAUCAGAUUACAUAUUUGUACAACUACCGUCCGGAGAGAAGUACAUCCAGCUUCGGCACCAUCUGUGCGGCAAUGAACGGCAUCGAGCCUUCGAUCAUCGAGAAGGCGGAUCAGCUGCUACUGCUCGCUUCGAAAGGAGCAGACCUCGUCGAGGUUUGUGCUGAGCUGCCGGGUGCUGAGCUCGCUGAGCUGGAGGAUGCUGAGACCAUUGCUCGAGAGUUUCUCGCCACGGAGAUCAACGAGUGCCAGCCUCGCAAGCUUGUCGACGACCUGGUGACGCUGGCAAGCUCGACGGAUGGGGCAUCAUGA